GCCUCGCGCGCCGCGGCCGGCCCUCUGCUUGGCCUGCAGCGUGCGCCGGCCCGACCCUCUCCACCACCAUCUCCAGCCCCGAACGGCCCUCUCGCCCGUUCCCGAGCUCCUGCACACCGCACACCACACUCCACCACACGCUCCAUCUCGACGCCGCGCUCUCCGUGUCGCCUGCCCGCGCGUGCCUCUCUGCUCCAGCAUCUGCGCGCUCCUCUCGACCCUCGCUGCUCCACUUGCAGCUCGUGAUCGCACCGCCGCCCGCUGCUGCGUCUCAUCAGCUUCUCCUCUCUUCGCACCGCCGCACUUUCAGCUCGUCUAGCCGCUGCUCCGUGUCCAGCUCCUUCUCUCCCGCCGCACAGCGAACCCUGCGCGGCUCGCCGACGUGAACCAUGGUCUUUGGCCAGUUCAAGAACAUCCUCCGCCACGGAAAAGCAGGCCGCAACGAAGACGCCUCUGCCCAGGCCUCGCCCGCUGCACACUCUCAAGACAUGCGCGCCACUGCAUCCAACGGUGGCCACGGCGACGGUCCGUUGCUUCAUGACCACCUCGAGCCCGGAGUCGGCGGCGUGACGACCUCGUCCAGCACCUCGCACGCCAAGGGCACCAUCUCGGCGCCCUCUGCCUCGUCGUCCGCCAGCAAGGCCGGCGCCUCGACGCACGCCAGCGGCACGCGCGGCGGCAACUCGGGCGUCGCCCAGUCGGCCCUCGCCGACGCCGUGCACCAGGGCUCCUCCACGCACCACGCCGCCGGCUUCCAGGGCAACUCGGCGCAGUUCAACCCCGAGUCGAGCAAGAUCGUCGAGGAAGAGCGCCUCGCGUCGGAGAAGAUGCCGAAGUACGAGGGCCUCGAGGAGCGCUUCACGCUGCUCUGCAAGAUGGGAGACGGCGCCUUCUCCAACGUGUACAAGGCGCGCGACAAGAAGACGGGCCAGAAGGUGGCCAUCAAGGUCGUGCGCAAGUACGAGCUCAACUCCAACCAGCAGAAUGACGGUCGUCUCGACCCGCAGUUCCGCAAGAAGAACCGUGUCACAGAGCGCGCGAACAUCCUCAAGGAGGUGCAGAUCAUGCGCAACCUCAAGCACCCCGGCAUCGUGCAGCUGCUCGACUUCUCCGAGAGCCGCGACCACUACUACCUCGUGCUCGAGCUGCUCGAGGGCGGCGAGCUCUUCCACCAGAUCGUCAAGCUCACGUACUUCAGCGAGGCGCUCGCACGGCACGUCAUUCUGCAGGUCGCCCACGGCAUCCGCUACCUGCACGAGGAGCGCGGCGUGGUGCACCGCGACAUCAAGCCCGAGAAUCUGCUCUUCGAGUCGAUCAAGAUCAUCCCGUCGAAGCAGAACAAGGCGCGGCCAUACGACGAGGAGAAGGAGGACGAGGGCGAGUACAUGCCGGGCAUCGGCGGCGGCGGCAUCGGCCGCGUCAAGAUUGCCGACUUUGGCCUGAGCAAGGUCGUGUGGGAGGAGAGCACGAUGACGCCGUGCGGCACCGUCGGCUACACGGCGCCCGAGAUUGUCAAGGACGAGCGCUACAGCAAGAGCGUCGACAUGUGGGCGCUCGGCUGCGUGCUCUACACGCUGCUCUGCGGCUUCCCGCCGUUCUACGACGAGAGCAUCAGCGUGCUGACGGAGAAGGUGGCCAAGGGCUACUACACGUUCCUCUCGCCCUGGUGGGACGACAUCAGCGAGUCGAGCAAGGACCUCAUCACGCACCUGCUCUGCGUCGACUCGUCGAAGCGCUUCACCAUCGACGAGUUCCUCGCACAUCCGUGGUGCAACGUGCGCGACGCCGUGCCCAGCCUCGACACGGCCGACAUUGCGCUCGCCAAGGCCAGCGAGAUGCCGCUCGACUCGCCGCUGCUGCAGAGCAUGAAGAAGCGCGCGGGCAUGAUGUCGCCCGGCAUCAACCAGCUCAAGGAGGCCUUCGACGUCACGUACGCCGUGCACCGCAUGGAGGAGGAGGGCGCCCGGCGACGCGGGCCCGCCGGCCAGGCGCCGCUCGUCGGCCUCAACGAGGAGGACGAGGACGGCGGCGCCGAGGCGGCGACGGCGGCGGUGCGCAAGCAGCACGGCGACGAGGCAGCACGCGCCAUCGAGCAGCGACGCCGCGAGAAGGAGCAGCAGGCCCAGGCGGCGCAGCAGUACCAGGGCCGCGGCGGCGCCGACCGGAAACUGGCCGAGGCGGCGCUGUAUGACGGCCGUGCCGGCACGCGGGAUCGCGGCAGCGGGCGCAAGCGCGGCUUCGAGCUCAACAUGGGCAACGCCACGCUGCUGGGCCGCCGGAAUAAGGGCGGCGCCACGCCCGGCAUCCACUCGCAGUUCCUCGACGCCCACGGCCACGAGCCCGUCGACGGCGCCGGCAAGGCGGGCGUCGUGCCGGGCAGCCCGAUGCGCGUCGACUAGGCGGCGACCAGCAUGCCAGCAUCGUCUCCCGCUCCGUCUCUCUGCAUCUCUCUCAGGCUCUGGCAGCCAUCACUGCCGCCUCUCUCUCGCGCCUCUCCUCUCGUCGGCUCCGUCUCCCUUUCGCAUCGCAUCGCGGUUUCCUUCCCUCUCCGGCUCCCUCAACGAUGACCCUCUACACCACACACACACUCCACCCCGCUCCAUACACGCGCGACACGUGCGCAGCUCCCCAUCCCGUUCACGAC